AUGAGACUUCUGAAUGCCAGGACAUAUGAGUUCCACGAUGUGUCGGGUGCGAUCAAGCCUAACUACGCGAUCUUAUCGCAUACAUGGGAAGAAGAUGGGGAAGUGGUCUUCGAAGAUAUCCGUGACACGUCCAGGGCCAAAUGGAGUGCUAAGAAAGGCUACUUCAAGAUCAAGAAAACAUGUGAACAAGCCUUGCAAGAUGGAUGCGACUUCGUUUGGAUAGACACAUGCAACAUCAACAAGGACAGCAGCACAGAGCUCUCGGAAGCUAUCAACUCCAUGUUUCGGUGGUACCGCGACGCUGUUAUCUGCUACGCUUACAUCUCCGAUAUCAGAUCUGGGGACCGGCGUUCGUUGUCCGAGUGUCGCUGGCUCACUCGAGGUUGGACGCUACAGGAGAUGAUCGCUCCAGAUCGCGUCCAUUUCUACGACAUGAACUGGGAUUACCUUGGCAGUCGCAUCUCUCUUGCGGCGCAACUCUCGGAAAGCAGUGGCAUCCACACGUCGGUAUUACUGCGAAGACAUCGUGGACAGAUGGGCUUCCAAAUACCGACAGAGAAAGGUCAUUUGGUCAUGAAUCUUACAGCUGAACUUGACAACAGCUCAUUUUCGCGAACUACAGUCAACGAGAGCGAGUGCCAAUGCUGCACAAGUACUGAAGAAGAUGACGUACAGUCAAUGCUGGAUGGAUUUAGCGUGGCGCAAAAGAUGAAAUGGGCUUCUGCACGAACGACAACGCGAGAGGAAGACCUCGCCUAUUGUCUGAUGGGGCUAUUUGACGUGAACAUGCCCCUCCUGUACGGCGAAGGGAAGAAAGCUUUCUAUCGACUGCAAAAAGCCAUCCUUGGUAUAUCGUCAGACCAUUCUAUUUUGGCAUUUCGGUCAGAUCCGUCAGAGGAUCUCGUUGCCGAACAGUCGCCGUUACUAGCAUCACACCCUAUAUUCUUCCGCGAUGAGAUACUAAACAUGCACAUGCCGGCUCGCGGUACGCACACUACUCUUUCAGGGACUACGCUAUCUGUCGAGAUGCUCAUAUGCCCGCUGGAAGGCAACGGAACACUUCGCGACGAGUACCUUGGCAUUCUGGACUGCUCAAUAGAUGGAGAUCCUUCCAUGAGACCGGCUAUCUUACUGUCACCUGUGCAUAGAAAGAAGCUAAUCUUCCGGCGAAGUUCCGGUGAUGUCACUCUUUUCCGGCUAGGAUCAAAGCACCCUACGGAGGCUGUUCUGGUAACCGACCGCCAGCUGAAACCCGAAGAACGUAUGCUUACGAGAGAACCAUAUGCUUAA